AUGCCCUAUGGGGAAGAUGGCAAGAUCCUCCCUUACGAAAGCAUCCGGAAGCCUUAUUUCCAAGAGGAGCUGAACAUCCUUUACGUCGCCAUCACCAGGGCCAAGCGCUGGCUCAGGCUGUCUGCUGACGUGGCAAAGCUCUUGGCAGACUUGGAUGCAACUGUCCGCAAGGGAGAUGCCGCCAGAUGGAAACUGUUUGAGGAUGAGCUGCGCUUCAACCAAGAAUUCGAGGUGAGUGCGGAGACUGUGCCGUUUCCGAAAGGUCCUCCACACAACAUUCUGGCCCUUCCUGACUCCCUGACGGUUGAGGAGGCUCAGAGGAUCAUCGGAGAGGCUUUGCUUCGCUGGCAUCCGGACAAGUUCCUGGCUUUGCUGGGAGACCGUGUUGAGCGCGACCAGCAGAAGCCCGGGGGACGCUUGCGCGAGAAGCUGGGCGAGGUGACACGCGAGCUUCUGGAGAUGCGGAAGAGCUACUCAUUGGGUGGUGAAGCCGCCCGGUCUGAGACCCACUGCCUCGUUUGCUUCGAGGAAGAGACC